AUGUCGUGCUCGACAUCCCAGGGAGAGGAGGCAUCCAAAGAAGCCGGGGACAACACACGGAUGUUGCCAUCCACGGGAGAAGAACGAAACACGGAACAUUCCGGCGUCUCACAGGACGAAGAGGAGAGGGAGGAGCAGCAGCAGCCACAACGACACGAACCCGCGGCGUCCAUCUUUCAUGAGGAUGCACAUGAGACUCCAGACGCGGACCACGACGGCGAAAUGGAGUGUUGGAUAUGUCGUUCUGGGGGAGGUACCACCCAAAACCCCUUGAUCACGAGUGUGUGCAAAUGUCGCGGAUCCGUUGGCUGGGUUCACCGUGAAUGCAUUGACGCCUGGGUGUUUUCGCGGCGUCGCGCCAGCUGCCCAAGCUGUGGAGCAACUUAUAAUAUUCUUGCGAUCAGUGAUGUAAGUUUGCCGCAGACAUUUUUUGAACAGUUGUGCUUUUUCUUUUGGGAUUUGAUUUUGCCCCUGUCUGCCAAGGCUCUGGCACUCCUGCUUGGCAUCGCGCUGAAUGGUUUUGUGGUACCGUGUAUUAUUGGCGUCACGUUUUAUCACAAGUGCUUUUUUGUUAACAAUGGUGAUGCCGCAACGAGAACCAGCGAAUAUUCAAGCAAUAGCAGUGAAACUGCUUUGUUGCAGGGCCCAGAGGAGGGCGCUUCAACAUUCCUUGAUGUUUGGCUGUGGAUUAACGUUAUGGCGUACGGUUGGAUUUGUGUCACGUUAUGGCGAUGUACAAAGACAGGGUGGUGCCAGUGGCGUGCCUUUUUUGAAGACACGGAUGCGGUGUUUGCCACGGCGACGGAAGAGGUACAGGAGGAAGAAGAAGACGACGAUGAGGAGGAGGAUGAGGAUGAGGAAGACGACGACGAUGAGGAAGAGGGCCCCAGACUGCAACCCAACACAGUAGUGGGGAUGUUACAUUGGAUUUUGGACUGGUCCUUGGAGCGUACGGGUAGUUCGCAAAAGAUGCUACGUCCACGGAUAUUAGAGCUUGGGACACUCGUGCCUCUUUCAUUUCUUGUGAAUUUCACUCUUGGGAAGCUACUGCUCUGCCUAAUUCUGGCGUUGGGUCUGGUUCUUAGGCGUCUUCUAUAUCCG